AUGGCGUCGCGAUUCAAUCCCAGCAACCUGUUCGUCCGAACGCGCUUCAACUACGAAAAGCUGCCCGGCCAGGACAGCCAGGGCUCCUCUCCGCUGCCUCUCUUCAGCACAAAGUCAUGGGGCAAAAAGGUCGGCCAGCCUGCCUGGGCUAACCGCAUCCAGCGCCCACGCCUCUCCUUUGCGCGUCUCAUUACGCUCGCUGUUACUGCAGUUCUCGUCUUCUCCAUGAUCGGCACCGGCGUCUACCGAAGACAUCGAUGGCACGGCGAGCAGCACAAGGGCGACGAGCGCAAGCAGUACCACUGGGAGCAUUACCCUCGACUCAACGGCUUCUACAACGGCGUCCGCACGCUUGUGCCCUUUGGCGACUGGGUCUCGGAGCAGGACUAUGUAAAGUACUCGCAGAGCCCCAACCCCGAGGACAAUGUCAAGCCCAAAUGGCCGCACAUGUCCAAGGAGAACAAGGAGCCGCCGCUUGACCCGGUGCCCUUUGACCCCUACAAGUUCGACUCGCAGCAAUACCUCAAGGAUCAUGACGAGGUCAAGACCUGCUAUCUCGACGAGGAGGACAAGGUUGACCUGCCUGACAUUUACGCCUACCCCGGCAUUCCCCAGAACAUGUCUGCCCCUUUCUUCGGCUCGUACGAGGAGCUCGGCUUCGAUGACAAAAAGUGCUUCGAGCGCUUUGGUCGUUUUGGUCCCUAUGGCUACUCAUACUCGCGCGACGAGGGCGGUCUCGAGAUGGACGGCAAGUCUGAAAAGGCCGGUGCCGACAAGAUCUGGAGCUGGGAGAAGAAGGUCGACUACCGCAAGGUCAACUGGGCGUCUGCCAUGAAGCGAUGCCGCGAGAAGAACGCCCACCGCUUCAAGAAGAACGCGACUGAAGAGUCGACGACUGGAAAGAAGAAGGUGCCGCGUCACGCCUACGUUCUCCGCACCUGGACCGGCUACAAGUACAGCGACUACCAGAUUCUCACGCUUCGAGCCAUGAUCAACGAGCUUGCUCUCAAGUCUGGCGGCGAGUACGAUGUCCACUUCCUGCUUCACGUCAAGGACGACAGCCUGCCCAUCUGGUCGUCCGAGGAGAUUUACCAAAAGGUCAUCGAAGACAACCUGCCAAAGGAGUUUUGGGGCAUGGCUACGCUGUGGUCUGAGCAGCAGAUGCGCAUGUACUACCCCGAGCCAUUCCCCAACAACGUCUACAACCACGCCAAGGCCCCUGUCCAUUCGGUCUACCGCAGCGCUCACUUCGCCAUGCAGUGGUUCGCCCAAGCUCGCCCCGAGUACGACUUUUACUGGAACUGGGAAAUGGAUCUCCGUCUCAGCGGCCACUACUACGAGUUCCACAACAAGAUUGGCGAGUGGGCCAAGAAGCAGCCUCGCAAGGGCCUGUGGGAGCGGUCGUCGCGCUACUACAUUCCCGAGCUCCACGGCUCAUGGAAGAACUUCACCGAGAUGGUCGAAGAGGAGCUGUUUAACAGCGACGAGAAGCCCGUGUGGGGUCCUCCCAAGUUCCCCAACACGGGCAUGCUUCCCAGCCCUCCCGAGGUUGAGCCCCCUCACUCGUACCUCCAGGACAACUACGAAUGGGGUGUUGGGGAAGACGCCGACAUCAUCACCUUCAACCCCAUCUUCGACCCCGCCAAGACCAACUGGGUGUUCCGCGACGAUGUUACCGGCUACGACCUCGAACUCCCCGAGCCCCCGCGCCGCUGUGCCAUCAUUACCGUUUCGCGUUUGUCAAAGCGCCUUCUGGACCUUAUGCACCGCGAAACGUACCUGAUGAAGCACCACAUGUUCCCCGAAAUGUGGCCGCCAACUGUCGCAUUCCACCACGGACUCAAGGCGGUGUAUGCUGCACACCCCGUGUACUUUGACCACAACUGGCCUCUGGAGACCCUCGAGGGAACCUUCAACCGCCCCCCGAAGCCUACCGACAGCGUCUUUGGCUGGGGCGAACACAACCAACUGGGCAACAGCUUCUACUACAAUGCCGCUUUCUCGUCCGAGUGGUGGCGCCGAUGGCUAGGCUCGCGCGAAAACGACAAGGGCGGUGCGGCCGAAGAAGAAGCCGGCACCGGCCGGUUGUGCAUGCGCAACACGCUCUUCCAUCCGAUCAAGUACGAAAAGGGGUCCGAGUGA